GUCGCCAAGUUUAUCGGCUCUCCGCCUGGCUAUGUGGGCCAUGAAGAGGGCGGACAGCUCACCAAAAAGCUGAGGCAGUGUCCAAACGCUGUGGUGCUCUUCGACGAGGUUGACAAAGCCCACCCAGAUGUCCUCACCAUCAUGCUGCAGCUGUUCGAUGAGGGCAGACUGACGGAUGGGAAGGGGAAAACUAUUGACUGCAAGGAUGCCAUCUUCAUCAUGACCUCCAACGUGGCAAGCGAUGAGAUCGCCCAGCACGCUCUGCAGCUCCGACAAGAGGCCAUGGAGAUGAGCAAGAAAAGGAUCGCAGAAAACUUAGAGGAUGUCCAGACGACCGACAAGAUAACCAUCUCCAAGCAGUUCAAGGAAAAGGUUAUUCGCCCCAUCUUGAAGGCUCAUUUCAGACGAGACGAGUUCCUGGGCAGGAUCAACGAGAUUGUCUAUUUUCUCCCUUUUUGCCACUCGGAGCUCAUCCAGCUUGUCAACAAGGAGCUGAAUUUUUGGGCCAAGAAGGCCAAGGCGAGGCACAACAUCACCCUGCUCUGGGACAGGGAGGUCAUGGACGUGCUGGCCGACGGCUACAACUUGCACUACGGCGCCCGGUCUAUCAAACACGAGGUAGAAAGGAGAGCUGCCCGGGAGGCUGCUCUCCAGCUGGCAGCUGCCUACGAGCAGGACCUGCUGCCGAGGGGCUGCACCUUGCGGAUCACGGUGGAGGACUCGGACAAGCAGCUGCUAAAAACCAAGGACGACAGCUCUUCCCCUGGAGAGGAGAGGAAGAAGACGCCGACCCUGCGGUUGGAGAUCGUGGAGAAAGACAGCAAAUCCCGAAAACUGGACAUCCAA